UUGUUAAAGCCAGCAUUAACAAGGCAUUUAACUACAGAAACCUUCCAAUGGCGGCGAGAAACCAAGUCCCACUGAAGGAAAACGGCCUGCAGGAUGGAGGCAGACACGUGGCGGCUCUGGUUCUGGCCCGAGGGGGAAGCAAAGGGAUCAAACUGAAGAACAUCAAACCGCUGGCCGGGAUUCCCCUCCUUGGCUGGGUGCUGAGAGCCGCCAUCGACUCUGGCAUGUUCAACAGCAUCUGGGUGUCGACGGAUCACGAUGAAAUUGAAAAAGUGGCCAAAACCUGGGGGGCCAAAGUCCACCGGAGAAGUCCUGAGGUCUCCAAGGACACGUCUUCAUCCGUGGAAACCAUUCAGGAAUUUCUCAGGAACAACACAGAGGUAGACGUGGUCUGUAACAUCCAGGCUACGUCUCCGUGUCUCCAUCCGUCUCACUUACAGAAGGCCUUGAAGAUGAUCAUGGAGGACGGAUACGAGUCCGUCUUCUCCGUGGUCCGGAGACACGAGUUCCACUGGAAGGAGGUCAAGAAAGGAAGCGGUGAAUUGACGGAGCCAAUAAAUCUGGUUCCUGCGUUGCGUCCCCGCCGUCAGGACUGGGACGGAGAGCUGCAUGAGAACGGCUCAUUUUACAUCAGCAGUAGGGACCUCAUCUUUAAAGAAAAUUCAUUACAGGGCGGGAAGGUGGCCUACUUUGAGAUGGAGCCGGAGCACAGCGUGGACAUCGACGUGGACAUCGACUGGCCACUGGCCGAGCAGAGAGUCCUCAGGUACGGCUACUUUGGUCGGGGAGUUUCCUUAAUUUUCUGUAGAGUGUCCGGAUGUUUGACCGAUGGACGAGUGUUUCUGUCCGUAUCUGGAGAGGACAUGGUGUGUGUCCACAGUAGAGACACCACUGGGCUCCGGAUGCUGCAGAACGACGGAGUUGAGGUGGUGCUGCUGACCUCCAGGGACGACCCUGUGACUCAGUCACUGUCUGGCAAACUGAAGACGAUGUUGAGCUGUGAGGUUGUGGAUGUUGGAGACGAACCGCUGAAGGACGUGCAGGAAGUCAUGGAGCAGAGGAAGCUGAGCUGGAAGAAUGUGGCCUACAUGGGUAAUGACACUUCAGACGCCUCCUGUCUGAACCUGGCGGGUCUGAGCGGCGUUCCUGCCGACGCCUCGAAGGAAGCCGCUAAUGCAGGUUCCUUCGCCUGCCGUCAGGCCGCUGGGAUGGGAGCCCUGAGGGAGUUCGCUGAACACAUCCUCCAGCAGACAGAAAAGGCCAAAAAGCAGAUGAAGCAGGACCGGAUCGACCGCAACAACUUCUAAAGAGAGGAAGGAAAGAUCUGGAAACAUGAAGUCAGAGAAUAGAGUCAUGAGAGAAACAAUGUGAUAUUGGCACCAAGUUCAGCUUUAUUAGGAUGUUAACUCCUUCCUGUGACUCUUGGUGAAGGAAGAUUUAAUGGCCUCAACAAACAGGAGUUUCACUAAAAAGACAGAAUUACAGA